AUGAGCAAUGGGUUCUACGGGUCAUUUCAGCUGGUCUUCAUGGCAUCCUCAAUUUUUGGAACUUUGCCAUACAAAUACAACGUGGUUGAUGUGACAAAUAAUGUGCUGAGUAUCGACCCUUCAAAGGAGGUGGCACAAAUUUCACAAUUCAGUUUGGAUAUUCAACUUUGGCUACUGUUCAACUACAUCGGGAACAGGUGCAAGUUGCUGAACCACGCGCUGGGCGAAAUCUCCGAGCAAAUCAGGCAGAGCAAAGAACGACCCCCCAAGGAGGACCCCUACGCUAUCGCUAUCCUACGCACGGGCAAGAAACAAGCCAUUUAUUUCGAUGUUGAGUGCGACUCGAGCUUCACAAUUUGUAAAAAAAAGACGCGGCGGUACUACCCUGUCGUGAGUGUGACGAUACGGCAUCUGAACUACGUGCACCGAGUUCUCUCGAAUGAGCUGCAGGAGAUUUUCGAUCUGUAUCAACUCCCGAUUUUGCUCUUGGUCAUAUCGGCUGCGCAGAACAUAGCUUCGGCACUUUUCACGCUUUUCGUCCUGACUGGCUGGGAUGUGGCCAUGCACGAGGUGACCUGCGUCGCAGCCAACGCCAUUCGCCUUGCCAUCGUCUUCAUCCCGCUUUCUCUUACCUCUCAAAAAGUUGAUGCUGCCCUGAAAUAUCUGAGUUUAAUAAAUAAUGCGUGUCUGACUGCGGAUUGUUCCAUCGAGGUCCAGCUUUUUUCGCGUCGCGUGUUGAAGGCUCCGCUUAAAUUUGUUACUUGCCGCCUCUUCAAAUGCAGCCUCUCUUUCCUCGGGCGGAUGUCACUAGGGAUAGUGAGCUACCUCCUCAUCAUGUUACAAUACAAUAAAACCGUGACAUGAUUUUACGGUUUUGUGGGAACCUCGCUGACGCGCAUUGCAAGAGUUUUGAUCUUGAAACGAGAAUAUUUUGAACGUAUCGGUUCUGAGAGGAGUAGGCACCAAAGUCACCUCAACUCCAAACCAUGUCAUAACUUUUCAAUUAUAGCUACAGCUAAUUUUUACAGAAA